UGAACAGCAGAAGAAGCGUUCAGAGCCAAAGCUAUAAAAAGGGGCGCCCCUCUUUUCCCGGUCUCACUCGACUCUUAUCGGCACGUCCUCACGUUCUCCUGUUCUCCACAUAAAGACUAAAGUUACAUUUUGAAAAUGUCGGAUGAGGGUAAGCUGUUCAUCGGAGGUCUGAGCUUCGAGACCAACGAAGAUUCUUUGGCUGCAGCUUUCGGCAAAUAUGGAACCAUCGAAAAAGUUGAUGUAAUCAGAGACAAAGAGACCGGAAGAUCUCGUGGCUUCGGCUUCGUGAAAUACGACAAUGUUGAGGAUGCUAAAGAUGCUCUGGAUGCCAUGAACGGAAAGACACUUGACGGCCGGGCAAUUCGAGUUGAUGAGGCAGGAAAGGGUGGCCGCUCCAGAGGAGGGUUUAGCUCUGGCCCACGAGGAGGCAGGUUCAACUCUGGUGGUCGUGGGGGAAGGGGAGGACGCGGCUUCUCCAGUCGUGGUGGUAGCUACGGUGACAGAAGCUACGGUGACAGAAGCUAUGGCGACAGGAGCUUUGGUGGUGGAGACAGGAGCUUUGGUGGCGGUGGAUACAGAAGUGGAGGAUAUUCCUCAGGUGGUUACAGGGACAACAGGGGACAGGGUGGAUAUGGAGACCGCUCUGGAUCCUAUCGCGACAGCUAUGACAGCUAUGCGACACACGAGUAAACCUCCCUGAUUCAAGAUUCAUCACUUGGCUGGCCGUAUUUGAAAGCUGUGCUCCUCAAGAAAAAAAAAAACAUGUCCACGUGUAUUAUGUAGUUCUGUUGUAGAAGCUUGGCAUCUGACUUAAAUGUAGCCUUGAGUUUUGGUUAUUUCUCAACCAUGUUGCAAAUUAAAAUUCAGUAGACUUUCUCAAUUGACCACUCCCAUCGUUCAAAACAUCUGUAUAAUCUCACUACUGUACGCUCCCCUUCUUUUAUUACAUGGGGAUAAAGCAGCUAUCCACAUUGCUUUCUGUCGAUCAGUUAAUCAGCUAAUUUCUUUUGUCCAGCACUUUAAAGUGUUUUGUUUUUUAUAAGAUCUUAAUGGGGCUUUUUUUUUUUGUUAUCCUUGUUGAUAAACUGACCUACCUCCUACCAAAUCUUUAAGCUGAGGAAAGAACUAGCAUACUCAGAUUAACCUUUGGGGGAUUUUAUUGUUAAAUUUCUUAAACUAUUGAGAACCUUAGCUUACCCAAGGCUCAUUUUGUGUUCAAUCUCCCAAAAGAGUGAAUUCCUGGUGAACUACACAUCCGAAGUGGCCGGCUGUUCAUGAAGUUGCAAAAUGCAGCAUGCUACAGUCUGCCCAAGGUAUCUUCUGUGCUCUGCUCAACAUCUGCAUCUUAAAUGUGCUGUAAAUGGACUCUCUUGUUUAAAGUGAUCAGAAAAUGUAACUUCGUUACCAGAGUAAACUGAACGGGAACAGUUUUUUUGUACUUUAUGUUCUUUGUAUGAUCCAAGAUUUUUUUUUCUUUGUCAGUUUGGCUUCAUGGAGCCUAUUAAAACAAUGUGAAAUGA